CUGAAGGAGCACAGAAAUUGACAAUUGAAAUUUCUCUCUCAUUGGAGAGAGAGAGAGAAUUGGGAAUUAGGCUAAAUUAUACCUUCGUCUCAGACUCAUUUCUUCUGAAUUCUCCGGUCGCGAUUCAAUGGCGGAUCCCUUGGAAGCUUCCCCUCUCGUCCCGCCGUCUCCGAUCACUGACCCCAACGAGAUCGACCUCGAGGCAGGCCCCGGAGAACAAAUCCAAUGCCGAAUUUGCCUUGAAACUGACGGUAGGGAUUUUAUAGCUCCUUGUAAGUGCAAGGGAACAUCGAAAUAUGUGCACCGAGAAUGCUUGGAUCAUUGGCGAGCCAUAAGGGAAGGCUUUGCAUUUGCUCAUUGCACAACCUGCAAAGCUCCUUACCAUUUGAGAGUUCAUGCUGCUGCUGAUAGGAAAUGGAGAACCUUGAAAUUCCGAUUUUUUGUGACUAGAGACAUCAUGUUUAUAUUUCUGACUGUUCAGCUUGUGAUUUCUUCAUUGGCAUAUCUGGUGUAUUUGAUAGAUGGUUACCAGCAAUCCUGGAUUCGCCGUGCAUGGGAUUUUGAUAGUGAGGUCACUUUCUAUUAUAUAUGUGGAGCUCUAUUGUUUUUUGCUUUGCUUGGAUUAUCUGGAUGCUUCAUUACUUGUUAUGAUCGAAGAGUGCGCAAUGAUUUGGCCCAACCUUGCCGAGAGUUAUGUCUUUGUUGCUGUCAUCCUGGUGUCUGUGCGGACUGUCAUUUACCCGGCACUCUUUGUAUGUGGACCGACUGCACCACAUGCUUUGAGAGCUGUGCAAGUAUGGCAGGUGAAUGUGGUUGCCUAGGAGGUGCUGGUGAAGCAGGGCUACCAUUGCUGUUUAUAAUGGCAUUGAUUGUGCUGGGACUUUUUACUUUAAUUGGAAUAUUCUAUAGUGUCUUGGUGGCUACAAUGGUAGGACAACGAAUUUGGCAACGGCAUUAUCAUAUACUUGCAAAAAGGAUGCUAACAAAAGAGUAUGUUGUUGAAGAUGUUGAUGGUGAAAUGUCGGGAUCAGAUUGGUCUUCCCCGCCUCUCCCACCUGAGCAUGUUCAGCAGCUGAAGACAUUGGGCCUCUUAUAAGUGGAAGGGGUCAUACUAUUACUCACAUUAAUAGCGUGGUGUAGAUAUCACUGUUUCUCUAUCAGGUAAAUCGGUCUGCAUAUUUGUGGCCCUCUUGGUCGUCUUCUUUUAACGCCAUAAAUUUCUUGUGCGGUAUCUGAGAAAGAUGUUGAAAGCACUUGUUGCGAACUUAAUAUACAUAAAACUGCGUAUGAUAUUUUGUGGAAGGCAACUGGAAAUUAUUAAAUCGGUGCAAGAAAUCUGGGAUUAGAACAUCUUAAAAUAGCUAACAUGUAUAUCAGUGACGUUUACAUCUUUACAAGUCAUAACUUGCUUUUGA